AUGAUCGAGCCCUGCACGAGAUGCAAAUGCAAGCAGUGGAUACUUUCUUGCAGUGAGGUGGCCUGUCGGGAGCCUGAAUCGUGCGAGUGGAUGGCCCUCUCCAGUAACGACUCCUGUUGCAAAACAUGCAGAGGAUGUUUCGACGAUGUGGUGAAGAGAUUUUUCGAGAACGGGCAGACAUGGUCGCAGGACAACUGCACGCUGUGCAAGUGUGAGGCGGGGGUGACUCACUGCUUCGCUGAGAUGUGCCAGACCAACUGUGCCCACCCCAGAGAGGUCCCUGGACAGUGCUGUCCUGUCUGCGAUAACAAACAUGAGGAUGAGGCACUUGCUGAUAAGAGCGACAGGCAGCCAGCCUACGAGCGUUCGUUGGCGCCGCUCACACAACAUGAGAACAUUAUAUCCACCAUCGGAGAUACCCUGGACGCGCAAGAUAAUCAAGACACCAUGCAACCGGCAGCACCCUGCAGACUCAAGUGCCCAUUCGGAUUCGUGAAGAAGAACAAGGUCCCUGUUUGCAUAUGUGCGAACGAUCCCAAGACUUACAAAACAAAGACCACCACUUCGCUGAACCUCCUACCGACGACACUCAGCGAGUACCCGCUGAUUCCUGCCUGCCCCAAACUCAACGACUGCCGCCUCAACUGCCUCUACGGUCGUCAGGUCGAUGACGAUGGAUGCUUCCUCUGCGUCUGUAACCUCUGCCCUCAACUUGUCUGCAACAAGAAGUGCCUGCCUGGCUUCCAGACCAAUGAAGAUGGAUGCAAAAUAUGCAAAUGUGCAGUCCCCACCCUCAAUAACCACCACACACCAAACAUCUCCCCACCCAACAACAAACACUCCUCCUUCAUCGUAUGA